AUCAGCUUCCUCAGCAGCCUCUUCAUCUCAUCAACCAUCACUCCAAUUAGGGUUUCGUCAGACUAAAUCAGCAAGAUUAAAAACAUUAAUUACAUCAUUUAGAAAAUUAAUCAUAUUUGUUUUUAAAAGUAUCUUUGUCAUGGCAGUUUUUUAAUUGAAUUGUAACCUAGAAUUGAAACUUUAUAUUUUUUGUUUCAGCACAGUAAUAAUGAUAUAAUGUAAUAAAGUGUAUAGUAUACACUUUAGCUUUAGCAUAAUAGCGAAUCUAAAUGAUUAAACUUCAAGUAACGAUACGCUUUCUCACUUAAAUUCAUAUAUUGUGGGGGUAGGACCGCAGUGGUUUAAUAUUCCAUGAUGUUUGAUCCACGAAAACACAGAGUAAAGCAGCGACUUCUUCCUCGUCAUCGUUCUCCCAUCAUUAGCUCUAAUGCUAUUAGCAUUAGGCUAGUUAGCUAUCGCUGGCAGGUGGAGGACCGCUACCGGCUGACGGGAGACAUCCUGGACGGACAGAUGGACCUGGACAUUUUGGACGUGAGGCGCAGCGACAGCGGGCCGUAUUGCUGUAGGGUGGACAUCGACGGGCUGUUCAAUGACAAGAAAGUGAUCAUGAACCUGCGGGUGGUCAAAGCUUCGAUCAACAUUCCUACAACUACGUUGGCAACAACGACCACAACACAAGUAACAGAGGCGUCGACUUCAGGAGUUACUAGGCAAAUGCUGCAGCCGCCUCAGCUUGACCUUGUCAAGAGGAACUCGACAAUGCUGCGCUCCACCAUCAUCACUGUGGUGAACCAGGCUCCAGCUUCACUCUCCCUUCACAUCAACAUUCCGGUGCUGUCGCUCUCACUCACAGUGCUGAUAACACUGGCUGCAGUUUUCUUCUCUCUGGCCUUCAAGCGUGGGUUACGCAGACCAACUUUAAGGCGUGGCUGUUUUUCCAGUGAGGAAGUUCCUCACAUCAUUUAUGAGAUCAGGAUGAGAAGACCAGUUCAGGAGAAUAUCUACACUCUUGACUAGACUCAAUCACGCAAUAUGUCAGCCAGAUUGACAACAUUCUCCAUGAUGCCCGUCUUGACUAUUUGGUUGAUUAUAGUACAAUUGCAUUCACAAUG